AUGUUUUUUCCAGAUGCAAGUUUUGGAUGCAUGGGGAGAAGGAAAUCUACAAGAAUGCCAAGGAAAUACCAAAGAAUAUCAAACAGAGGCUCCUGGUCAGAAUCUGACAUGAGAAUGGCAGUGGAAGCUGUCCAAAAAGGGGAGGGAUUGAAGAGUGCAGCACGUACUCAUAGCGUUCCCAGAACAACUCUACGGAGGCAUGUGUUCAGCUCGGUCAAGAAGAUGGUGGCAUCAAAACAUCUUGGUCCUAGUUCUACACUUCCAAGAAAUACAGAAGAAAAUCUUGUUAAGCAUAUUCUAGAUUUCGAGAGGAGAGGAUUUCCACUAACAGUAAAGGACAUAAGGCAAUUGGCUUACGAGUUUGCUAUACGCAAUGGAAUCAAAAACAACUUUUCAAAGUCUCUGGAAAUGGCCGGUAAAGAUUGGUGGACCGGCUUCAGAACUCGGCACAAUGAUAUUAUAACAAUAAGAAAACCUCAGCCACUUUCUAUUCAGAGAGCAAUCCACCUGAACAAACCGAUCGUUCAAAGGUAUUUUGACAUGUUAGAAAGUGUCAUGAAUGACCUCUGUCUUUUCGAUCAGCCCAGCAAAAUUUAUAACGUUGAUGAAACUGGCCUUAGCCUCGUUCCUGGUGUCAAAAAUAUUGUUGGAGAAAAGGGAUCAAAGUCAUCAAGCCAAAUAACCGCCGGAGAGCGUGGGCUGUCUCAAACUAUCGUUGUGGGUGUGAAUGCUAUUGGAGAUUAUAUCCCUCCAAUGGUUAUAUAUAAAGGAAAGAGAGUGAACCCAGCACUGGAUCGUGGCUUACCUGCUGGUUUAAUAGUGGAGUACAGUGAAUCCGGAUACAUAAAUAAAGAUUUAUUCCUUGCGUGGAUGGAACAUUUUUGCACAAGCAAGAGAAGUGACUGCGGUAAAACACUUCUUGUAGUGGAUGGGCAUCACUCCCACACUCACAGCCUUGAAGUCUUGGAAUAUGCUAGAAGCCACAAUGUUGAGAUAGUCAGUAUGCCGCCUCAUACGAGUCACUAUUUACAACCUCUGGACAAAGUACAUUUUAAACCACUAAAGGAUCAUUUCAAAGAAGCAAUUCGAGUUCAUCACCGAAACAACCCCGGAGCAGGGAUAUCCAGAAUUGAUUUCCCUGCACUCUUCAGCAAGGCUUAUUACAAAAUUGCCACAGUCGGCAACGCAGUAACAUCUUUCCGUGCUACCGGCCUGUAUCCACUUGAUAUUGAGCAGAUUCCAGAGCAUGCAUUCGCGCCUUCUCAGACAACAGCAAUAGUGAGAUCUGGUGAGUCAGAUAAUAUAACAAAUAGAGACUACGACGUACCAUCUCAUGAGGUUAACACCACGACAGAGGUAGAAAGUGUCACAGGUGAACCAUGCUGCUCUCUACCGAAUUUAGGUAGAACUUCAUCGGUAGUUCAGUUAGCUUCCGAGAAAGUCCGUGAUUCUUUGAGGCAGGAAAAUAGCAGGGAACCUGAUAGCACCAGUUUAUCAGAUGAAUCAUUUGAAGAUAUUUUGCCUCUUCCAGUGGCCACUCAGAGAGCCAAGAAGCAGAGGAAGAAAGCCAUUCAGACAGGAAUUAGAGUAUUAACUAGUGAGACAUAUGUAGCCGAACUGUCAGCUCUCGCAGAAACAAUGCCAUCUAGCGCGUCGAAGAAGGCUACAGCGCUUGUAGAAAUAAUUUCAUCUAGCUCGUCUAAGAAAGUUGCAGCUCCUAGGAGGAAAAAAGAAAAUAAACGUAAGAAUGAGAGGCAAGAAAGAAAUUGUUUGAGCAACCUCUGCGCUGUCUGCAACGGCAAUUUUUUCGACGACGAUGAGGACGAGGGAUGGAGAAAUGCCAAAAGUGGCUUCACGAUAUUUGCGCCGGGGUUUAUGGAAAACGUAUUGUGUCCUUCCAAUGUGAUGACUGCUCUGCUUGAAGCUUUUUUUGUACAAAUAUUUUCUUUCGCAUGUACAUGUCGAUAG